AUGCUUGAGGUGGAUGUUUUAAUGGGCUGGUGGUUGGCGUCGGAAACGGCCGGAGCGGGUGUCAGUUGGAUCGGAAUGUGGAGACGUAUUCAUGGUGUUCAAUUUGUGCCGAGAUGGUUUUUGUGCGCUCGGCGGCGUUCAGGCGCAGAGUGCUCGAUCGCCCCGUCCUCCACUCCUACCCCUGCGGACGGGCGAACGCGUUCUUUGGAUGCACUCUUUGUGUUACGGCCCGGCACUGCCCCGCUCGAACCAAACUGCACUUGCAUGUACCACAGACGAAUAUGCGCUGCUGCUGCUCGCACCCAUUCUGACUUCGUACUCCUGUACCCUGAACCGCUUAUCUGGUCGAAUAGAGUCCGUCCAUUCGGUUCACGUCCACCAACCUACUCCAUCGGUUUGUUUGCCGUCGAUUACCUGUUGCUUUCUGUGCGUUUGCUGUUCUUGUAUUGUAUUUGUAUCCUACUAAAUUUCCAAGUAUUUGCUUCACAAACGCAACGGUUGCAGGAGCUAGAAAGCAUGUUCUGGACUAAUCUGCGCUGCCAAAGUGAAUCUCCAGUGGCCUUGGUGUCGUAUGAUUCUGAAGUAGGUAACUGGAGGAGCGACGGAUGUGGAAGUAUAUAUCAGCUUCAAACAGUUUAUGAUAGCAUAAAUGAGCGUCCUGAUGAGCUGGAAGCAGGUUCAGCUGAGUCUGGACUCCUGUUGGCUACAUUACGUAGAAGAUUCCUGGAAAACACCUACAUAGGUGAUCAACACCUCCAAUACAGGAUUGUUUCACGACAACAUUGA